GUAUUUUACUCCAGCACAAUUAAUCAUACUGAUGGCAAAAAAAAUUAUUUAGAUCACGUACAAAUUCUGGAUAAAAUGUAAAAAAAAACUCGACAUUAAAUUGUAUUCAAAAAAGUUCGCAAAAGCAUAAAAAAGAAAACAGAAAUUUGGAAAAAUAAUUCACGUAAUCUUGGGUUUUAAGAAGAAUUAUCAACCAACCAGUGUUAAGAAGAAACAAGGUAAAUAAAUGUUUAAUAAAAUUACUAAACAAAAUUUACAAAAAAUAAGAAAAAACCUUUAAAAUGUCACUACAUUUUAUUAAACGAAACAUAAAAAAAAGAUUUUAACAUAAAAAUUUCAUAAAAUUUACGAAAAAAACGUGAAAAUUUUAAAUAAAUGAGGCAAAUGGGAAAGAAAUAAAUAAAAAAAAAUUAUAUAAAAACAACUAUAACAACAAACAUGCGAAAUCAUCAUCAGCAUAAAGAAAAUAAUAUUAACAACAACAACAAUAACAACAAUAACAACACCAACUCUACUAAUCGUUAUCAAUAUUGCCUGCAUCCGGUCAUGUCAGCCACUGUCACAGCCCAACACAGUGGUGCAACGCCAACAAUUAUGAACAAUCAUACCUCUACAACUACCACAACUACAGCUGCCACAACAACAACAGAUAUUAACGCUAAUACUGGCAACAAUAACAACAACAACUCGACUUUGUCGCCGUCUGCCAACAGCAACAUAAAUGACACUUUAAAUUCACAACAAAAACAAAUAACCACAACAAAAAUAUCAACAACUUUGUUUAACGCCACAAAAACAAAUUUGUCACCAUCAUCAGCAUCAUCAUCAUCAUCGUCGUCACCAUCCACUACAUCAGCAGCAACAACAACAACUGCAACAUCAUCAUCUGGAUCAACAACUGCAACCUCAUCCUCAUCGGUUUCAGUAUCAUUGUCGCCAGCAUCAGCAAAGGCCGUCUCAUCAUCAGCAUCAUCAUUAACAUCAUCCUCAUUGGUAGCGAUGCCCCAAACUGUUGCACAACAAUUAACAAAACUAAACAAUAACAAUAAUAAUGAUGAUCAUGAUCAGCAUCAUCAUAAUCAUCAUAUACAUGAUCAAAUAAUUAAUAAUACUACUAGUAGUAGCUGUUUAAGUGAUUCGAGAAAAUCUAUAAAUUCUACAACAAAAUCAUUUAAGGAAAUCCAUCAUAACAUGAACAACAAUAACAAUAUUAAUAACAACAACAACAGCAACAGCAGCAACAAUAACAACAACAACAAUUGUAACAAUAAUCAUUUUACAGAAUUAAUGCAACGCAGCAACAAUAAACGUUUGUCGCCAACCCAAGAAUCCAGCAACAUGAGUUUUUCCUCAGCCUCAGUGGCCGGUUCAAUACAGGAUGAUAUUGGCGAUCAAUGCGGUUUAACUAAAGCUGGUUUAGAGGAAUACACCAUGAGAUCAAAUUCAUUUUACGAUAAUCCCGUCUUGUAUCAUCAUCAGAAACAAUCAUCGUAUGCCCAAUCGGAAGGCUAUCACAGUUAUGUCUCCAGUUCGGAUUCAACAUCAGCAACGCCAAUGUUAGAUCGAUUACGUCAGGAAAGUGAAUUGUUAUCACGUCAGACAUCAUCGCAUCACUGGUCACAAAAUGAUUUGUCUUCGUUGGCUUCAACAUCAGUGGCGGCAUCGCCUACAUCCCUACUUUCAAGCGGCCGUGAUUUAAGUGAGCUGGGCAGCUGUACACAACUGCAGCAACAACAACAGCAGCAGCAGCAACAGCAGCAAAUACAACAACAUAACAAUAGCUCUGAAAGUACAUCAUCAACGGAAACUCUUAAGUGGCUGGGUUCUAUGAGUGAUGUAUCCGAAGUCAGUCAUGCUACCGGCUUCUCUGCCAUUUCCGAAUCAGUUUCUACUUCACAAUUAAUUGUACACAGUUCCCGGGUCAUGACGCCCAAGCGUCAUCAAAGUGAGAGUGUUUUAUAUACAACAGAAGAACAAGCUCCUCAGCAACAGCACACGCGUAGUAGCAACAUCCAACACUCUCCCCAACAUAGUCCUGCCAGUUUACAGCCUCAUAUGUCUGCUCCUGUCCACAACAACACUUUGACACCCAGUCACAGGCAUAGUCCUAGUUAUCCGCCCAUACACCAAACAUCUCACACUUUGUAUCGUCAUCAACACAAUCAUCACAACACUUCGCCCGAGCUAUCGAAAUCAAUGACAGAGAAAACUUCCUCCGAGAGCACACUCUCCAACUGUGAUGUAUUAGCUCAAAAAUCCAAUAUAUCGGUUACAAUUUCAAACAGUGAGGCUGUGGUAACCAUUUCACCACAUCCUCCACCGGUGCCAGCACCCAAACCCAACUCAAAUCUAAAUGGCUGUAAUGAUACUAUAAAGAACAUCAACAACCUCGCUGAGUCACAAUCCCAAACUAAUAUUUCUGCCCGAUCUCAUGGGUUACCCCGACAAAGCAGUUCCUUGGGCAUGGUAGGUCACAAAUCGGUUUCGGCUUCUAUGGAUUCUUUGUCUGAUAUCAAACAUCCAUACCGUAACAAUCAUCGCCUGUUUCCGGUCAGCACUUAUACCGAACCUGUACACAGCAAUACCUCGCAUUUUGUUCAUCAUCCAAAGCCUCAGUACAGUACGGGAUUGCAAAAACCACAAAAAUCUCAACAGCCACCAACAUCAUCCUCGGCUUCCUCUACUUCAUCAUCCUCGGCCUCCAGUCCUUCGAUGAGCGGUAGCCACAGCAAUUUGCAUCAACCCAAAUUGGGUUCGCCCAACUAUCCCCAGCCCAGUUGGCAAUCGGUGGCUGCCCUAAUUAAUGAUUUUGAAAGAUCGAAUGAUCAACAACAACCACAAAAGUAUACCUACUUGGAUCCCAACAAAACACAUCGUGUGCCAAAUCCAGCUUUAAAAGCCUUUCAAAAAAAUGCGGUACAAUCCUAUUUUGAGAGACAGCAACAUCAGCAGCAGCAGCAACAACAACAGCAGCACAAUCAAAAUCAUGCCCAUUCCUUGGACAAUCUGUCGCCCAAGUCGUAUCAACAGCAACAACAAGCUACCAUGAGACCUAGUUCCUUGCAAAAUCCCACCAAUGAGGGAGUACAAACAGUUUUACUCAGGAAUUCUCUGCCCAACAAUUACAGUACGACAACAGGACAAAGACCUUUAUCGGAGGAUAAAAACACCUACAGUUCACGCAAUAUAAAUAGUUUAAACAAUAAACCGCCUUCUCCGGCACCACCACCGCCACCUCCCAGAUCACGUUCCAUGAUGCCCACUCUCUUAAGAAGAUCCUCAUCGGCCUCCGAUUAUGCGGAAUUAAGAGAUCAGUUUAUUUCGGCUCCUCAAGAGAAAUUGCAAUCACAAUCCAUUAAAAAUAUUUCCAAUUCGGAGAAAUUCUCUUUUAAUGACUGUGGCAUGCCACCACCACCUCCGCCACCCAGAGGCAGAUCAUCAAUGCCGCCACGUAGAACUUCCUCGGCAGCUGAGUAUGCUGCUAUACGAGACAAGGUGUUGUUACAGCAGGCAGCUGCUCUAACACAUCAACAAUUGCAUCCACAUCAGCAUCAAAAUGUGCCACCAACACCACCACACCAACACUUGGGUAUUAUGAGCAGCAGCUAUCAUCAUCCCACACAUCACGGCCAUCAUCAUCCUUAUCAACAACAACAAUCACCACAAUCUUAUCAAAGCGGCUUGCCACCCAUGGUGCCACCACCCUUACAAGAUGGCUGGGUACCAGAGCGACCUCCUAAAAAUCCCAACUUGAGAGUGCCUUCACCAGACCUACCACCCCCUCCUCCUGGCCUAGAAACCGAAACCACAAUACCCGAUGAACCUUUGCCCCCACCACCACCAGAAAUCUUGCAACGUCAACCCAUGGUAGAUACCACAACGGAUAUGGUGCCCAAACCUCCUUCACCCAAUAGACGCAACAGCUUUGCGGGAGCUUCUUUAAGAAAAACCAACUUCUUUACUAGAUCACCCUCAAAUGACAGUGUUAAUGUAUCGCCCAAAGGUCCGCCACCACUGAUACCUCGUAAGCCAGCCAGUAUUGAAUUAUUACAUGUCUCCAGACCUUCGGCAGCCUCUCUCAAUCAGCUGAACAGCACAAAAAUUCAACCAGAACUCACCAGAGCCACCAUUAUAUCGUCAUCCACCCGUAAAAGGCCUCACAAUUUGGCCGCCUCGUCUGCAUCGUCGAUACCAGCCAUACAGGAAAAUGUCACCAUGAUCAGCAAUCACAAUGUCAGACAUUCGCCAACUGGUCUCAGUUCUCCAUUGCACACACAAAAUUCCAAAUCUUCACCUCCACCGCCACCACUAAUGCCAAGAAUGACAAAUGUGCAGCAGACAUUGCUGACGCAACAGCCAGGUAUUGGCAACAACAACAACGUCAACUCCAAUCUAACUAAUCAGAAAUCAAGAUGUAAUUCCAAAGCAUCAUAUUUACCACGACAGAGUCUGGAAAAACAUACAAAUUCGGAUCCCGAUCAUGGCAGCUAUAAAAUGACACUACACUCAAAUGAAGAUUUGGUGACAACAACCAAAUCCUCAUACGAUAUCUUGGCACAGACAGCAAAAUUGCCCAACAAUUUGCCCGAUGUCUUACCGUUGGGCGCUAAACUACAGCCCUCAUCCAAUAGCAGUUUGAACUCAACACCCUCGCUACGUUAUGGCUCCAACAAUAAUAUUUCAUCGAAUUCACCAACAUCACAACAGAGUUACACCCCAUAUGCCGCCCAACAACAACAGCAGCAGCAACAACGUUAUUCAACGCCGGUACUUAACACUUUCAAUUUGUCCACAAAUUUUACACGAUCUCAAUCAUUUGAUACCAAUGUUCACAAUACUAUGACUCAAAGUCCCACAAAAUAUAUGACCCAGUCUUCGUUAGAACUUAAGAAACCCAUGAAUAACUUGGAAACAACCAUUGAAGAACCAAAUUUCAUAGAUACUCCUCUAAUGAAGGACAACAACAAUUCAUCACUAUCGUCGUUGAGCUCGUUGGCGGAGAGUUGUAAUAGUCAUGAGGAAAGACUUAAUGCCAGUAAUGUGAGUAGUGCAAACAAUGCCGAAGCGGUUAAUAGCAAUUCAAUAUUUAGAGCCGAAUUAGUGAAUACUACAUUUGCCAACAAUGCCAGUAGCAAUAGCAGCAAUAAUAAAAAGUCGGUUACCAGACAAGAAUCUUUGAGGGAGAAUAUCGAAAAGAUAACACAAUUACAAUCUCAGCUAAUGUCGGCCCAUAUAACAGAUAAUGCCUUUAUGGGUAGUUAUGCCUCUCAAAUGUCACCCACAUGUAACUCUAAUAAAACCUCACAGGCCAAUGUGAUUGAUAUACCAAAAAGUCUGGAAACAGAGAAAAUCGAUGAAGAAAAACCAUGUUCGAAUACAGAAGGAGAAUGUCUACCACUAGCUCCCUUAACACCACCACCACCAGUAGAGGAAGAUUUAUUGGUAAAAUCUUCCACAAACAACACAAAUACCUGCAAUUUAAAAUCACCAACGAUUUUAGAAGAUGAACACUCGGCAGACUGUAGCAGUAUACUCUCCCAAUUAGACUCGAGUACCGACAGUUUAAAACUGGUGCAGCGUAGCGAACUUGUAUUGAGAGUUAAUGCCAGUACUGUAGAAACUGCCUCACAAACCGAUGACAUCACCGACAGUGAACUAAAGAGCCUAGCCGAAGUCACAAAUACCAAGGAAAUGGAUACACCAACUCGCACAACACUACAACCUCGCCAGCGUCUAACCAUAGAAGAUGAUUGUGAGAAAAUGUCGCAGGAAUUGGCCAAUAUGUUGGCGCCCAACGAUGCCCUCAUUAAUAUUUUAUGUCCUCCUGGCUCUAAAACCGUUGCCGACUAUGUUACUAAUCUCUAUAAUCCCAAUGUACCUUUAAGGCCCAGCAAACGUGAUGUGGGCACUUCAACGCUGACCAGAAGUAGUAAAAACAAGGAAGAUCCUGAAUCUAAUGAAAAGAUAACGGUGGAAUUGAAACUAAGUGAACUAGAACAAACGCCAGAAAAUUGUGAUAUUUUAAAGAAUAAAGUGGAUGACUUAAUUAAACAUUUAAAUAAUAAAGUACGCAUCUUAACUAAGGAACAAUCGUGCAUAGAUGAAGAAUCUGCCAUCAACGAUGAGCUGGGUAAUUGUUUAUUGAAUAAACUAAGCGAUAAGGUUAGACCGAUCGAAGCCUCUAAAUGUCGCACAUAUAUCUCAGACAUUGGCCAUAUAACCGGUUUGCUGUUAUCGCUGUCAGAACGUCUUGCCAGAGCAGAGAAUAAUUUAACAACAAUCGAGGAAAAUAACUCAGAAAAGAAAUCUCUUGAAAAAAAACGUGAUCGUUUAUUGGAACAACUAACAGAAGCUAAACGUCUUAAGGCUGAUAUCGAUCGUCGUGGCAUUAGUGUGGUCAGCUUGCUGGAGAAGAACUUAAACUCAGACGAGUUUGCCGAUUUUGAAUAUUUCAUCAAUAUGAAAGCCAAACUAAUAACCGAUGCUCGUGAUAUUGCUGAUAAAAUCAAGAUGGGAGAUGAAAUCAUAAGCGCUCUCAGUGAUACAUUAAUACAAAGUGAUUGUUGAUUUGCCUGCAUUAAAAAGAGACAAGAAAGCAGGAAAGAGAGAGAAAAAUACUUAAUAAAAAUGAAGAUAAACAAGUGUGAUACAACAUACGAAAAAAUAAUUACUUAAACAUUAAAAAAUAAAACUAAGAACAGAGUUAGUUAUUGACCUUUUGAAUCUGUGGAAUAAUUUCCUUACUUUCAUUACCAAAGCUGAGAGUAUCAAGAGAGAUUAAUAUAGAGAGACAGAGAGUUAUAGUAAAAAAGGUUAAUAAACUUGGAAAAACGCACAGAUUUUUUUUUAAAAUUCACAUACAUACUUAUUAUUCUACUUUGUAAAAUAUGGUGCUUUUUUUAGUUUAAUUCCUUGAAAAUUAAAAAAUAACUAAACAAAGCACUUGUGUAUUAAAAAAAUCCUUUUUAAAAAAAAGAGCGCUUGAGAACAAAUCAAAAAAAUGUUUUUAUUUCUAGAAAAACAAAAAUUUCAUAACUAAAAUUGCGUGUGCUUUUUUUAAAUUUUGUUUAAUUGUUUGUUUUUUUCCUUUGCAAUGCUUUGUGAUUUAAAAUAUGAUUUUAUUUAAUUAUUACUAUCCUUCUUCUAUUUAAAUUGUCCUUAAUAUUAAUUUGAGUCUAACUUUUCUGUUCUAUGUACUAUUGUUUUCUUUUGGAAUUUAUAGCCUGUUUCAUAAUAUCGAAUAAAAGAUUUCGUUUGCAUUCUCAGCGAAAGAAAACUGAUUUGAGUUUUCCUAACUUCAUAUUUAUAUGUACGAAUCUGUUUUCUUUCACUUAGAAUGAAAACGAAAUCUUUCAUUCGAUAUUUUUAAACCCGCUAUUUAUUAAUUUUAUUUUAAUUAUAUCCAUAAUUUUCAGCAAUGAUUGAAUUGAGAAAUAUGUAUUUCUUUUUGCAUGUGUUAUAUAGUACGAGUACGUUAUAAUUUUAAAAAAAAACUUUAUUGUAAGUCAGUUAAAUUUUUUUUAGUUUAUAUUUCUUAUUAUAAUAAUCAGUUUAUUUUCAAAAAAUAUUUGUAUUUUUAUUUGUAUGUGUAUUUAAAUUUAGUUUUAAUGCUAAUUUUUAACAAACUAUAAACGUUUGUGAAUAUAAUUUAAUCAAUAUAAUUAAACAAAACAUCAAAAUAUAUAUUACUUAUUAAAUUAGAUUUUAUAAAAAUAAAAAUGAAGUUAACAAAUUAAAUGAAAA